UUCCUUUUCCACUGUAGAAGUACAUUUCCCUCUCUGUCUAUCUCUUAUUCAUCUCUAUCAUCAAGACAUGGUUUGGAUCUUUCUAUUAGGGACCCUUCUCUUGUACUGUGUGGAACACAAUAAAAUUCAAGGGUUCCCCCAAGUAUGUGUUCCCCAGUCCUCGUGUUCAGCCUGCCUGGAGAGCCCUGGAUGUGCCUGGUGCAAAAACAAGGACUUCCUGAAGCCUGAGGAAUCCAGUGAGCGGAGGUGUGACACUGCAAAAUCUCUGGAGACCAGGGGUUGUGGAGAGAAGUACAUCAUCAACCCAAAACCAGACAGCAAGUUUCUCAAGAAAAAUCCACUCAGUGACCACAUAGACAAUGUGGUCCAGCUUACACCACAAAACAUACAGUUCAAACUCAGAGUUGGGGUUCCUCAGAUCAUCAAUGUUUCAUUCAAGAGAGCUGAGGGCUACCCCAUAGACCUGUACUACUUGAUGGACCUAUCUUUCUCCAUGAAGGAUGACCUAAACACCAUUAAGAACCUGGGCCAGGAUAUCCUUUCCACACUAGAAAGAUUUACUAAGAAAGUACGCAUAGGAUUUGGCUCUUUUGUAGACAAGGUGGCUCUACCAUACGUCAGCCAGGUGAAGGCCAAGAAGAAAAACCCCUGCCCCAGCCGCUCUGACACCUGUCAACCUGCCUUCAGUUUCCAGAAUAUUCUUGGACUCACUGACGAUGUGACUGAGUUCAAGACCAGGGUCAGCAACCAGAUGAUCUCUGGAAACCUUGACUCCCCAGAGUCUGGCUUUGAUGCCAUCAUGCAGGCAGUUGUCUGUCAGAAAGAGAUUGGUUGGAAUAAUGUCACACGAAUCCUGGUCUACACAUCAGAUGACACCUUCCACAUUGCCGGGGACGGCAAGCUGGCAGGGAUAUUUGAGCCUUAUGAUGGGACCUGUCAUCUCAAAGGCAGCAUCUAUGAAGGCACUAAAUAUGACUACCCAUCUGUUGGUCACCUCGCCAGGGUCCUGGCAUCCAAUAACAUACAGCUCAUCUUUGCUGUUACAAAGGAAAGCGUUGACGCCUACAAGGCAUUGAGUAAUCUGAUUCCUCAGUCAGUGGUAGGAGAACUGAAAAACGACUCGAGCAACGUGGUUGAGCUGAUCAAAGAAGCCUACAGUAAACUGUCCUCCACCAUCUUACUGGAGCACAUUGGAGCCCCACAAGGUCUGGAUGUGACCUACCAAUCACACUGCACACCUGGAGUUGAUAAAACCCCAUGGCAGAGUAGGGGCGAAUGCAAGAAUGUCAAGCUCAACCAGAAGAUUGACUUCCAGGUGAGGCUGAACAUUUCAACAUGUCUGAAAGAGAAGUCAGAGUUUUUCCUCAAACUUCAGGGCAUCAGUGAGACCCUGAAGAUCUCUGUGGAAACCUUGUGUGACUGUGAAUGCAAUGACUUUGAAGAACAGUCCGUGCACUGCAACAAAAAUGGGACACUCACUUGCGGCACGUGCAGUUGUUACGAAGGUUACCUGGGGCAGAGAUGCAAGUGUCAGCGACCUAAGGACGUGACCUCUGACAACCCCAUGGACGCAUCCUGUCGGCAAGACAACUCUUCGCAGCUGUGCAGUGGGCACGGAAGCUGUGAGUGUGGGGUUUGCUCAUGCCACGGCACGCAUCGUGGCUUGUAUUGCCAGUGUGAUGACAACAGCUGUGCCCGUCAUAAUAACUUGCUUUGUGGUGGUCAUGGGGAGUGUGACUGUGGAACAUGUAAGUGUCAGACCAACUACACUGGCUCAGCGUGUGAAUGCUCCACGCUCACAGACAAGUGCAGUACUGUUGGUACACUGUGCAAUGGCCGGGGGAAAUGCCAGUGUAACCAGUGCCAGUGCAACCAAGACUUCUUUGGAUUUAACUGUUCCAAUAUUGCUGAUCCAUGCAGAAAAUUCAGGGACUGUGUGAAAUGUCAAUUGGAUGGUAAAGAUAGCCUACAAAGUAACUGCAGUGGUCAACUGUGUGAUUCAUUCAAAUCCGAGCUGAAGGAUGAAACACAUGUAUUCUCCUGCCCGCAUGACACUUUCUCCUAUGAACUGAAGCCUCAACCUGAUGGCACAAUCAAAAUCAUCUAUGCAAGGCUGCCCCGCUCUAUUGACAAGACCUAUGCAAUCAUUGGUGGCUCUGUGUCCAGCAUCAUCUUCAUUGGUAUUGCAAUAAUUCUCAUAAUCAGACUGAUGCUGGAGUACCGCUACCGGAGAGAGUACGCAAACUUCAUCAAAGCAAAGGAGGCCGAAGUCUGGAAAGAUAUCCACAAUCCCUUGUUCCAGGACGCCACAACCACAGUUAUGAACCCCAUGCACAUUCAAGAGGACUAAUCCAAACUGACAAUUCAGACAAAGAAAAAACAGUUUACAACAAACAGUUCAAAGCUUGUAAUCUACUAAUGACAUAUAAAUCAUAUAAUGUCAUGUGGAAUAUUUUGGGACAUUAUUUCCUUUUAGGGGGAACCAAUAUUGAUGAACUUGGUUAAACUAAGGUGUAUCUAUUAAUCUUGUUGCGCCAAGCUUUAAACCUAGUUUUAAAUUAAUCUUAGUUGAAUGUAAUCUUAAAUAAAAUGUCAUUUAGACUUUAAAUCCAGCUCAAAUUGAUGUAAUCUCAGAUAGAUGUAAACUAUGUUGCUGCAACCCAAUCUUAUGGAAUAAACUUUCUAUUAUUUUUGAUGACAGUAUAAAUGUGGUUUUAGAAUGCCCAUCUUGACAUGUGACUUUACCUUUGUUCUUCUAGUUUUAGUUGGAACAAAGAUUUUGUUACAAAAACAUUUAACACCAUAGUGUACAGUGGAAGUCUACACACCCCUGUUAAAAUGCCAGACCAAGAGAAAUCAUGUCAGAACUUUUUCCACUUUUAAUGUUAUAAGAGGGUGUGCACACUUAUGCAACCAGGUUAUUGUAAGGUUUUUUCAAUUGAAUUGUUCACAUUAUGGGUCACUUUAAAAGUGGAAAAAGUUAUUUUGCUCACUAUAUUUUCUUUCCUCGAAUAGCACAUUUUGAAUGAUUAACUGGCUGUAAAGUGUAUUCAUAAUUUAGACCAGCUGUAGUCUUUCUGUGUGUUUGAUAAUGUAAAAUGUUUGUACAAUAAAGUUAUUUGUCGUGUAACUGGCAGAAAACAAAAGAGGAAAAACAUUAUCAGAUGUAAAUUUGUUCCCAUGCUGUCUUUUUUAAUUUCAUGCCUAGGAAAUUACUUUGUAAGUUUUGUUUCAAUAAGAUAGAUUGUGUGGGCAUUAGGACACUAAUCUGAAGAUAUUUACACACAAAGUCCUGAUGUAGGAUAAUCUUAAAGUGAAAGUACAUUGAACAAGAAAUAAAUGCAACAUUUCAAUUGUAUGCCGUUUACAUGAACUGAAAUAAAAGCUUCCAGUAAUGUUU